AUGGCACAACCCCGUGGAGAACGACCAUUCUCAUUUCACAACCUCCUCAAGAUGCUCAUCGCGCCAAAUGCCUCCACGAGGCCAGCCCACGACGAGGCCGACCUGGCCGAGGACUUGGACGAACCCCCCGAUCAACAACAUAUCCUUCACGCGACUUCAUUACACCACCACGAUGAGACAGUCUUCGCUCGACCCACGAUCGCCCACCAAAAGGAAUCCUUGCUCACCCGCGCCCUCAAGAGCAGCCCGGAGAUGUCCCCCAUCGAACCACACCCCUCCCUCCACGACUCUACAUACUCCUACCGGUCCUAUCCUCACAGCAACGUCAGUGGCAUCUCCACGGCAGAGCUGACCAGCGAUGGGGGUCUGACCAGUCCGUCUCUCUCCAAUACUCCGAGUCCGCCUUUGCCACCACAGAUGACGGGCAAGGCUGCCCCGAUGAACGGCAAGAGAGACACCACUCCCAAGGUCAAGAUUUCCGUCGCCAAUGAGACCACCGUUGAGGCCAAUUUGGGUCGUAAGCGGUGCAUCAGUUUUGCCUGUGGUCGCCAGACCGAACCCUCAAAUACCCAAAAACCUUCUGCGCCACCCACCCCUCAACUUGAAUCAACACAAGCUACACUUGAACCUCCCAAGCGCAAAACCGCCCUCACAUUCGCCUGCCCCGGACGCCUGUCUGCCAUCGCACGCGAGCGCUCGCCAGGUCGAAAGCCCACCUUCCGAAACCGCUGUCGCGGCUCCCCGGCUCCCGCUGCUCGCAAGUCCUCUCAGGACCGUGUGAACGGAGACCAGAACGAGAAGAUGCCCGCAAAGAGCGUCCCUCAAGGUGUUCCUACCAGUGGACUAGGCAAGUUUGAGGAAUCUGAGGCGACUCGGUUCCACGAAUUUGCCAGCUCGGUGGAUGAGGAUGACGAGUGGGUGACCAAAUCGACCGAUUACGCCCAGAAGAUCACCCUGAAUGACUGCAUGAAGAAAGAGAUUGCAAUUCGACGACUGGGCGAAGAGGCCGAGGAGGAAGCACAGGAUGAAGAGGACGAGGAGGACGACGAUGACGAUGCCGAGGAUCUCGCCGACGAUGACUCUACUGUGCAUUUCUCUGACGAUGAUGGAAACGAGUCCGACAAUGAGGCUGGUUUCGCUGACUCUGACGAGAGUGAUGACGACGGCUCAGAGUAUGAAUUUUGGGCACCCUCGGCAAUUGUGCCUGAAUCCAGUACUCAGCCCCUCGAUGCCCUCCCUUCAACCAUGGAGCGCCGUGCUUCCAACACUUCAUUCGACUCGAUGACCGAUGACCACCCGAAGUGGUUACCUGCUCCCGUUCGAAAGAUCGCUGGCCAUCGCCCUUCUAAGGCGUGUAAUAUCAUGCGCCCUGGCACUCCCAACCUGCCGGAUAGCACCGACUUUGUUUGCGGCACACUCGAUGAGGAUCGUCCCAUGGAGAUUGCUUACAAGUCUUGCAUGGAGCAACGACGAAUGUCAAAGCACAUUCUCAUCCCGCAAGACAUUGAUCCUAGCUUCCCCACCAGCGACCCCGAGGAUGAAGACGACGACCUGGAGGAUAUCUCCCACGGUGAUUUCGAUGAAUUCAUCUUCGAGCCAUCCCGUGGCCGCACGGAGGAUCCAGCUCGCAAGGCCUCACCUCGUCAUUCCCCCAAGCGCAUGGUCUCUCCCCCACCUCGCCGAGCCGGCCGGGUUUCUCCCAAGCGUCUCAAGUCCCCUCCUCCUCGUUCACGAGCCUGCCGAGCCAAGUCUCCCUCGCCUUCCACGCGGCCAGUUUUCUCAGAGGAUCUGCCUGCCAUUGAGUCUUCGUCGCCACAGGGACUGAACAUCAGCCACUUGGUCCAGCGCCCGCAUUUGACCCGGACCAAGUCGCUUCCGCGCACGCCCAACCCUUUCUUCACGAGCUUGGACAAGUCGCACCGGUGGCACGGCAUUCCACCCUUGACCGAGUCGCCCGAGCACGAACACUCUCGCACCCGCGAAAUGCAUACCCGUGGACCCAUCGACAUUGUCGAGGGUCUCGAAAAGAAGCGCCAGAAACGUAAAGAAAAGUUCUGGCGUCAACAUUGCCGCAAAGCUGCCAAAGAGCAGAUGGUUCGGCGGCCGAUUCCCGGCAAGGGAGCUGAAAGGAUGAAGGAGCUUGGCCUCGAAGUUGCUGAGAGGUGCAGGGCUUACGGUGUCGCUGAAGACACCCAGCUCGUCCUAUCCGUCUAG